CACAACAUCCGAUUGAACAAUGGUUAGAAAGCUCAUCGUGAGGCCGAAGUCGAGGUCGCCAAGAUCCACAGGGAACCGUAACUCUCCGUGUUGUCCGUAAUUCAGUCAUAAUCACCCACCGUGUCGUGAAUCUUUGUCUAGCAGUAGCAAUUUGUCCUUGAGUUGCGUUCGAAUUUUGAAAAAUCUGAGCCAUUGGAAUCAGGUCUGGGUAUUUUAAGAACACUUUUACGCCUUUUUUUACCUUUGCCGAAUGUUGCCGAAGUUGUGUCACAACAGAUUUUUGCAAAGUAGACCCCUUUCUUGGCACAGAUUGACUGGAUUAAUGGUGUUUAUGUCAUUGUUAGUGUGAAGGUGUGAAGCGGGGUUUGGCGAUCCAGGAGGAAGCAUGGCGACUCCGGUAACGACGGACGACUCGUCAGUGCCCUCACUCCAGCUUCAACCAAAAUUCUGCUUUCGCAGCCUCCAAGAUAUGGUGCCAGCGCGGGUGGUGCUGUACAUGCUGUCGUUCUCGGGGUUUCUGGUGAGUUUCAUGUUGCGCACGGACAUCAACAUAGCCAUCGUGGCCAUGGUCAAGCACCCCUCGACGCCGACCAACAGCACCGAGGCCCAGGAGAAGUACUGCUUCGUCCCGCCCACGUCUAACGUAUCCGAACAACCGGACGUCAACAUCACCUCCUUAUCGAAGGAGGGUGAGUUCGACUGGAGGCCAACAACGCAAUCGGCCAUUCUCGGGUCAUUCUACUGGUGCUACAUCAUGUCGCAGAUAAUCGGUGGUGUUCUGACACAUCAGUUCGGCACUAAAAUCGUGUUUGGCUUCGCGCAGUUGGUCACAGCUGUCUGCUCCUUGCUCAUCCCACAAGCUGCUGUCUUUCAUUACUCCGCGCUCAUAGUCUUGCGCUCAAUACAAGGCUUUGCCUCGGGUUUAACAUGGCCUGCAAUGUACGCUUUAAUUGGCCACUGGAUUCCGUCCAAUGAGAGAAGCAGAUUCAUGUCAUCAAUACAAGGGAUGUCUUUAGGGAUUGGGCUGACGUACCCGCUGUGUGGCUUCCUGAUCGCGCAUUAUGGUUGGCGCAUCGUUUUCUACACGACCGGCUCAAUUGGACUUUGUUGGUGCGUAGCCUGGUGGCUUCUGGCGUUUGAUCUGCCGCACAAACAUCCUCGCAUCACCCGAUCUGAGUUGGCGUACAUUCAGAGGACUAUUGGCAAUACUGUCAUUGGUAGAAAGGAAAUGAAAGUUCCAUGGAUGUCCAUUUUAACAUCUGCGCCUGCCUGGGCCAUUGGUGUCACUACUUUUGGUAGAAUUUGGGUUUAUUAUGUUUUCAUCAUUUAUGGACCAUUGUAUAUGAAGACUGUUCUGGGCUUCAGUAUACAAAAGAAUGGUCUAUUAAGUGGAGUCCCCUUUUUGUGCAGUUACUUAUUAUCAGUCAUAUUUUGUUACCUAGCAGAUUACCUUAUUGCUCAUGGGAUAUUAUCCUUAACCAAUGUGCGCAAAUUGUUCACUGCUGUAUCUCAGAUCAUUCCAGGCCUCUUGUUACUUGCAAUCGGUUACCUGGGUUGUGAAAUCAAUUUGGUUCUUGUUAGUUGGUUCAUAGCCGUUACUGUAAUUACUGCAGCUUUCGCUGGAGCAAUGGCAAACGCAGUUGAUAUCGCUCCUAACCUAGCAGGUCCAGUUCUCGCAUUUGCACAAACAAUACAUAUGUCUGCCAGCUACUUAUCAUCUUUGACUGCCGGUGUUAUUUUAGAAGAGGAUACAAGUUUGGUUGCUUGGCGCAAAGUAUUUGGAACGGCUGCCGUUGUUGCCAUUGGAACGUACUCGAUGUUCCAGUUGUGCGGAACAGCUGAAGUACAAAGCUGGAACUACCCAGAUGGUAAAAUCCCAGCCAAGACUGCACCGGAAGAUCUUCAACUUCUCAGUGCCAAACCCCUAGAAAAAAAUAAUUUCGAAAGUGCCGCAGAGAGUUGAGCAGCGUCUCGGUAAAGUCUAUUUGAGUUACUUUUCAUUCCCCUAA